AUGGAUGCGUUGGGCAGACACAACCUUGACGUCGUACAGCCCGGGCAUCGCGGGGGAGGACCCCGGGCAUGCCGGCCCUGCGCAGUCGCCAAGGCAAAAUGUAUUCCCUCGGAGGUUGACCGUUCAAAAUGCGAGAGAGGCGUCUGGUAUAGGUGUUCUCGUCUCAAAAAGGAGUGCGUUGGCCAGGAACGGAAGGCAAGGCGGAAACGCAAGACCGCGCCCAGGCAGACACGGGUGGCUCAGUUGGAGCGAAAGUUGGACGACAUCGUCAAUCUGCUAAAGUCUUCUCACGAUGCUCCCGCCGAAGACCAGGAGAGCAGCAAACCAUCCAAUUCCGCAUAUCCCGCUCCGUCCCCGGUAUCCAUGACACAGACUCCGUCAGCUACUCUCUGCAUCAGGCCUCUGCAAGAGGAAGGUCUGGCGGAGGAAGCGGCUGCACCGAUGCCUCCAACACGAGACCCUUUGCUGGAGCACAGCGCCACCUCUGAUCAAAAUACAUUUUCCAAAUCGGACAAAGAUACUUAUCUUACUAUAUUCAAAACAUCCAUGGCCAGGUAUUUCCCUUUCGUAGUGAUCGACGACCACAUCUCCGCCGAAGAGCUCGGCAGAACCAAGCCUUUUCUGCUGGAUGUCAUUUUGGUGGCCGCCUUCCACAGAGAUAGCGGCCGGCAGAGUCGACAGCUGACCAAUCUCCUCCAACUGGCUAUUGCCUUGGUGGCAGAUCUUGGUCUGAAUCGACCACUACCAAUAAACAAAUACAAGGCCGUCCCUGACGUGAUGAGAAAGGUUCUUCAAGGAUCGAAAGUUUUCGAAACGUUGCGUGGGACGUUGGAAGAAAGGAGAACGUUUUUGGGGUGCUUCUACUUGUCAUCAUUGUUCUCUUCGCAUCUGAGAGGGCUAGAGCCAUUGCCCUAUACUCCUUACGUCGAAGAAUGCUGUCAGGCGCUGGUCGAUGCUAAGCAAUACCCAGAUGAUAACUAUCUCGUCCAGCUCGUUCGCAUCCAGCGCGUUGUGAACAUAAUCCGACAGCAUGUGCUUGACGACCAGUACAAGCUGCGAGCACCUUUUGGCAUGCAUAUCGCGUCAAUACAGAGCGAGCUGAACUCUGUGAAGCAGUCAUGGGGGGAUGUCCGCAACAGGAAUCUGCUGUUGAUGCACUAUCACUCUGCCGAGAUGUUUCUCCACGAAUUUGCUAUAUAUGACACCCCGUCUCGGUCAGGGGUCUUGAGCGACAACGAUCCGUUCCAGCGAGUCGAGUCACUGUAUGCGUGCCUCGAGGCAGCAGCGGCGUUGGUGGAAGCUUUUUUCACCAUCCAACCAGAGGAGUAUAUCCAUCUUAGCAUGACGCCCUGGCUGCAAGUGGGGCACAUGAUGAUCAUUAUACGCAAACUCCUCUUCCUGGACGUUCCGGGGUGGGAUCUCAAAUACGUGCGCAGCAAGCUGGACGUGCCGGGGAUGUUGGACCGGAUUAUCAAGAACGCCAGCGAGGCGAGGCAGGCUGCAAAGAAGAGCGGCAUUGGCCAGGAUGGGAAUUAUGUGCAUUAUCGGCAUGAUCUGUUGGCGGAGCUCUCGAAGAAGAUGGGCGCCUUGAAGCAGAACUUCAACGAGGCUAUCCGAGCCGAGGAGCAGAUGCAGCACCGGCAGCUGUCCCAGCCGGCCCAGCCGUCCAUUCUGGGGGAGAUGUGGACUGGGGAGACACUACUGAGCAUGGACGAGGAUUUCUGGGAGGGAUUCUGGCAAGAGUGGCAGGCUCUGAUAUAA